UGAUUACAAAUUACGUAUUAUAUGAAUUGGCAAAAGUACCCUUAACCCAAAUCCAGCACGUCUCAUCUCUACGCCUAUUGUCAUCGCUUCUCAACUUCACAUUUUGUGUCGCCUCUCAAUCUUGAUCUACAUCCCAGCUUUGCUUCGAAGGUGCAGUGGCAUCGGCAGAGUCUCCACCACAACGACAAUGAUUGAGCUCUUCAACAACGAGCAUGGUGGCGAGGCUUUAGCUGAUGACAAUGACGUCACCUAACUUGGUCCAGCGAGCGACAAUGGUGAUGAUCUCAGGAGCGCCAUAUUGGUGCUUCAAAGAAGAUAAUGCCUUCAAAUGUCUCACUACCUCCAAUCCUUAGCACUGAAACCCGCAGACCGCUGCUUCACCUUACGUGGAACACCGUCGCCUAGCUAGCGAAACCGUAGAACUAGAGAGGUACUUCAUAGGCAGACUAGAGCACUGCAUUCCCAAGAUUCUUUGCAUGCUUCUGAGUCUGGGCCUAACAGCCUCCCCACAUAUGAAUGAACUUUUCAGCAAGUUAACAACUUGUCCUGAAGCAGACCGUUGUAGAAAGUACUCAAGGCUCAAGGCUGCUCUCAAUCUUUAUGUGCCAUCUAGAAAUGAUAAGGAACAACAUAUAUUGACUACUACAUCUCAAGGUAUGAAGCCUAAUAUUGGAAAAGAUAAAGGUAAAGCUAUGGAGCUGGUUUGCAUUCCAUCUACAUUCAAAGGCAUUGACUCGGAUAUUGAUACAGAGGUGGUUUAUAAUGAGACUUUGAAUAAUGCACUUGCUGUUGGUAACAUCUCAGUUAUUAAUGCCUUAAUUACAAUUGAUAGCUCAGUGGCUAAUACUCAUUUUACUACUGAUGUUGUACCUAUUGGGUUUGAGAAAGAUAUAGUUCAUGAGGUAGGUGAACUUGUGUUUCCUACCAAUUAUAACCCUCCAAAAGAUUCAGAAUUACAAACAUUACUACAAUUGCACAUUCCAGGGAUGGAGAAAACAAAAUCGAAGUUGACUACAAGAUUUCUGGAUGACGUUCAAAUACAGACUAUGAAUAAGGUGCUUGAUUAUGAUUCUGAAAUUGAAUCCAACAUGACCUUUUCUGAUGAAGAGGUUAAAAGAAAAGUGCAACCCCUACAAAGUUGGAAGGAAGUUUGGUCAGAUAUAAGUGCAGUUGUGGACACUAUGGCUCAGAAAUUAACAUCACAAGGUGAAAUCUUACAUGGGAAGUUAGUCCAUCAUCUUUCUGGUGAAGAAGCCCAACUGCCAGAUCAUCAAAUUUCUGAUGGUCAACCUAUCCAUGAUGAUGAAGGAUUCAUUACAGUUAUUGGGAAAAAACAAAAGCAUAGAUAUCACCAUGAAAACAGCCCUAGAGUUACAGCAAAUGCAGCAAGGAAGAAUAAACAGAAUGAGAUUUCAGCUCUUGGAGAUCAUAGCAUCAACAAGAAGCUGUCUUUAGCUUCCUCUACUGUUUCUCAAUGAAUUGUCUUAUUUGGAAUGUCAGAGGUCUGGAAAGUUCUUUUUCCAUACUUUGUUCUUUAGAAAGACAAUACAAUAUAAAAAUUUUAUGUGCCAUAGAACCUAUUAUUUGUAAUUCUAGGGAAGAUUACUUUAUGAUGGAGUUGGGGUUUAAAAAAGUUUUUUCCUGAUUUGAAUAAGAUUUGGAUCUUUUGGGAUCCUGGUUCUUUCAAUAUCAUUGAUAUUACUUGGCAUUCUCAGUUGAUG